ACUGGUGGCUAAUUUUAUUUGGAAAUGAACUGCUGUAAAGGGUGGCCCCCACAGCCUAUCCCCCCCCACUAGUAGUUGUCCCUUGGCCUAUAAGAAGGGGAAAAGAGAGACUGAAGCAAAUAAACCGAGCAGGCUGAACUGCAACUGCCAUAACCAAAUCAACUCCACCGUUUUCUCUCUGGCCACCACCUGAUACCGCCUUCUUUGCAAUGCAAUCCCUAGCCUUUUCUCAACGCCUCUCUCCGCUUCCCUCCUCUUUCACCGUCGUUUCCACCAGACGACGGCCUUCGAGCUCUGUCUCUUUUGUUCGUCCAGUCAAGUGCAUUUCUCUCUUGAGCUCUUUAUUAGUCGCUGAUGGGGCGACAUUUGCAGAAGCUGCUAAACAUGGAAAUUUAGUACCAUUGCACACUAGCAUAUUCUCUGACCAGCUAACCCCAGUUACUGCUUACCGGUGCCUGGUUAAAGAAGAUGAUAGAGACGCCCCAAGCUUCCUUUUCGAGUCUGUAGAGCCUGGUGUUCGGGCUUCAAGUAUUGGACGCUAUAGUGUCAUUGGGGCUCAGCCAGCAAUGGAAAUUGUGGCAAAAGAAAAUAAGGUUACAAUAAUGGACCAUGAAGAAGGGUCUCUGACUGCAGAGUUUGUUGAAGAUCCAAUGACAAUACCAAGAAGAAUUUCAGAGGGCUGGAAACCCCAAAUUACUUCUGAACUUCCGGAAACUUUCUGUGGUGGAUGGGUUGGCUAUUUUUCAUAUGAUACAGUGCGAUAUGUGGAGAAGAAAAAGCUCCCAUUUUCAAGUGCUCCUGAAGAUGACAGAAAUCUGGCAGACAUACACCUGGGCCUAUAUGAUGAUGUGAUUGUAUUUGAUCAUGUGGAGAAGAAAGUCCAUGUGAUACACUGGGUGAGGAUGGAAAGACAUUCCUCUGUGGAAGAUGCUUACUCUGAUGGAACCAAGCGAUUAGGGAGCUUGUUGGCCAGAGUGCAGGAUAUUGAUCCCCCAAGGCUAUCUGCAGGAGUUGUAAACUUGCAAACUCGCCAAUUUGGCCCCUCAUUGACAAAAUCUAACAUGACAUGUGAAGAGUAUAAGGGGGCAGUAUUAAAGGCCAAAGAGCACAUUCUGGCUGGAGAUAUAUUCCAGAUAGUGCUAAGUCAGCGUUUUGAACGCCGAACAUUUGCUGAUCCAUUUGAGGUCUAUAGAGCAUUGAGAGUAGUGAAUCCCAGCCCUUACAUGACAUACUUGCAAGCCAGAGGUUGUAUUCUAGUUGCCUCAAGUCCAGAAAUUCUUACACGAGUAAAUAAGAAUAAAAUAGUUAAUCGGCCACUGGCUGGAACUAUCAGAAGAGGGAAAACGACUGAAGAAGAUGAGAUGCUGGAGAGGCAUCUAUUAAAUGAUCCAAAGCAGUGUGCAGAACAUACCAUGCUGGUUGAUCUGGGCAGAAAUGAUGUUGGAAAGGUCUCAAAAUAUGGUUCUGUGACAGUGGCAAAACUUAUGAAUAUUGAAAGAUAUUCCCAUGUCAUGCAUAUAAGCUCCACGGUUACAGGAGAAUUGCAGGACAAUCUCUCAUGCUGGGAUGCUUUGCGUGCUGCAUUGCCUGUUGGAACUGUUAGUGGAGCACCAAAGGUGAAGGCCAUGGAGCUGAUUGACCAGUAUGAAGUUAACAGGCGAGGCCCAUACAGUGGAGGAUUUGGCGGCAUAUCCUUCACAGGAGAUAUGGACAUUGCUUUGGGACUAAGGACAAUGGUGUUCCCCACAGGAACACACUAUGACACGAUGUACCUGUACAAAAAUGCUGAUAAACGGCGUGAAUGGGUAGCACACCUUCAAGCUGGUGCAGGUAUAGUUGCGGAUAGCGAUCCGGAUGAAGAGCAUCGUGAGUGCCAAAACAAAGCUGCGGCUCUUGCACGAGCAAUAGACUUGGCAGAGUCGAGUUUUAUCGACAAAUGAGAAGCCUGUCAACUGAAAAUAAACAUGCGUUGGGCUGAAUCCUGGUACAUAUUUCCCAAAGUGUUGUAUGUUUCCAUGUAGCAAUAUGCUAUGUGUAGUUGAGAAGGAAAUCAACAGAGAAAAAAAGGAAGAGAAUUUUGCCCAAUGUGCAUGUCAACCUUUGCAUAUGUGUAGUGACAGAAACAGAGUUUGCGAAUAGAAUACAACUGCUGUUUCUUCAGGUAUUUGCAA